ACGUUGGACACAAAACUGGAAAGCUGGCGAGUGAAAUGACGUAGCUAGAAUAGCGUCGACACGAACAUUCAGAGGUGGACGCUGUAAAUAGAGUUUUCCUCACAGUGGAAUAAACAGCAGCUAUGACUAUGAACUGGAAUAAGGGGGGCCCGGGUGCAAAGCGAGGCUUUGGGUUCGGUGGCUUCUCUUUGGCCGCCGGAAAGAAAGAGGAGCCUCCAUUACCGGAGCCUGCACACAACUCUUUUGGAGCUUCAGGGUCGGCUGGAGGAUAUGGCAAGAAUCAGCAGCUCCCAGCCUUCUACAAAAUAGGCACCAAAAGAGCUAAUUUCGACGAAGAGAAUGCGUAUUUUGAGGACGAUGAAGAGGAGGCAAGCACCAAUGACCUGCCCUACAUCCCAGCAGAGAACUCCCCAACCCGAAAACAGUUCCAGUCCGGAGGGGGGCAGGGCUCAGACAGCGAGGAUGACCCACUGGAUGCUUUCAUGGCAGAGGUUGAGAGUCAAGCAGCCAAAGACAUGAAAAAGUUGGAGGAGAAGGAGAAGGAGAAAAAGACAGCCAAGGGUAUACGAGAUGACAUUGAAGAGGAAGAUGACCAAGAGGCCUACUUCCGCUACAUGGCCGAGAACCCCACUGCCGGCCUGACCCUGGAGGAGGAGGACGAGAACGUCGACUACGACAGCGACGGCAACCCCAUCAACCCUACCAAGAAGAUCAUCCUGCCCCUGCCCCCCAUAGACCACUCUGAGAUUGAUUACCCACCCUUUGAGAAGAAUUUCUAUCAGGAGCAUGAGGAGCUGCACAGCCUGACAGGAACACAGGUGGUGGACCUCAGACAGAAACUCAACCUCAGGGUGUCAGGAGCGGCGCCCCCUAAACCUUCCACAAGCUUUGCCCACUUUGGCUUUGACGAGCAGCUUAUGCACACGAUCCGCAAAUCUGAGUACACCCAGCCCACUCCCAUCCAGUGCCAGGGUGUGCCCAUUGCCCUGAGCGGGCGCGACAUGAUCGGCAUCGCCAAAACCGGUAGCGGGAAGACGGCCGCGUUCAUCUGGCCCAUGCUGGUGCACAUCAUGGACCAGACGGAGCUGCAGCCAGGGGACGGGCCCAUCGCCAUCGUCGUGUGCCCCACCAGAGAGCUCUGUCAGCAGAUCCAUUCAGAGUGUAAACGCUUUGGGAAGGUAUAUGGUCUGCGCUCAGUGGCGGUAUAUGGAGGAGGCAGCAUGUGGGAGCAGGCCAAGGCACUGCAGGAGGGAGCUGAGAUCGUGGUGUGCACUCCGGGUCGGCUGAUUGAUCAUGUGAAGAAGAAGGCCACCUCGCUGCAGAGAGUGAGCUACCUGGUGUUUGAUGAGGCUGACCGCAUGUUUGACAUGGGCUUUGAAUACCAGGUUAGAUCCGUCGCGAGCCAUGUCCGGCCAGACAGACAGACCCUGUUGUUCAGCGCCACAUUCCGUAAGAAGAUUGAGAGGCUUGCACGGGACAUCCUGGUUGACCCUAUACGUGUAGUGCAAGGAGACAUCGGAGAGGCGAACGAGGACGUGACUCAGCUGGUGGAGAUCCUGCCGGCCGGCCUGGACAAGUGGGCCUGGAUGACGCGGCGGCUGGUGGAGUUCACCUCGGCCGGCUCCGUGCUCAUCUUCGUCACCAAGAAGGCCAACUGCGAGGAGCUGGCCACCAACCUGACGCAGGAGGGCUACUCGCUGGGCCUGCUGCACGGGGACAUGGACCAGAGCGAGAGGAACAAGGUCAUCGCCGACUUCAAGAAGAAGAGCCUGCCCGUGCUGGUGGCCACCGACGUGGCGGCCCGUGGUCUGGACAUUCCCUCUAUCCGCACGGUGGUGAACUACGAUGUGGCCCGUGACAUUGACACGCAUACGCACAGGAUUGGUCGAACAGGUCGUGCUGGGGAAAAGGGUGUGGCCUACACCCUCCUCACCAACAAAGACACCUCAUUUGCUGGAGACCUAGUUCGUAACCUGGAAGGAGCCAAUCAGAGUGUCUCAAAGGACCUGAUGGAUCUCGCCAUGCAGAAUUCCUGGUUCAGGAAGUCCCGCUUUAAGUCAGGAAAAGGGAAGAAGCUGAACAUUGGAGGCGGAGGCCUGGGAUACAGAGAAAGACCUGGCUUAGGGUCAGAUUCAUCGGAGCGUAGUGCUGGUGGGAGUGGGGCUUCUGCCCUUGGGAACUACGAUGCUUACAAACCCUCCACAGGAGCCAUGGGAGACCGCAUGUCAGCCAUGAAAUCGGCUUUCCAGUCCCAGUAUAAAAACCACUUUAUUGCUGCGUCUGGCCAAGCUCCUAAGCUCUCCACCAAAUCCAGCAGCACUUCAGGCUGGACCAGUGCCGGUAGCCUGAGCACAGUGCCCAGUGGGGCCCCAGAGGGCCUGGACAAGCCCUUAGCCCCAUCCAUAACCUCCAUGCCGCCACCGCCGCCCUCCCUCAGCAUGGGCACCAAAAUGGCGGGCUUUGCCAGCGCCGGCUCCCUGAGCUCCGUGCCAGACAGCCCCCGCGGUGAUCGCUACGGAGAUGAGCGCAGUCGCCACGGCGACCGAAGUUCAGGAGGAGGAGGAGGAGGAGGAGGGGGAGGAGAGCGUGAGCGAGAGCGUGACCGCUACGGGGAUCGAGACCGGCACAGCGAUCGUGAUCGCCAUGGAGACAGCGACCGUGAUCGUCAUGGCGACAGCGACCGUGAUCGUCAUGGCGACAGCGACCGUGAUCGUCAUGGAGACAGCGACCGCGAUCGCCAUGGAGACAGCGACCGCGAUCGCCAUGGAGACCGCGAUCGCCACGGCGACAACAGGAAUGGCGACAGCAGCCGGAGGGAGCGCGACGGACGGUCGGAGCGUGACGGACGGUCGGAACGUGACGACCGUGGGGCUGGGUUUGCCAUUCCGGAUCCCCCUAAGCGCAAGAAAAGCAGAUGGGACAACUGAGAGACUUGCUGAGAUGCACCUCACCUAACAACUGGAGCACUCGAGGUGGGAGGGAAGAGAAAAAGAGCCAAAGCAGCAUUUUCUUCCCCUCCACUGUUGAUUGAUGGACUGAUUGACCAUGAGGAGGUGCUGUUGCUGUUGUUGAGUUUGAGAGUGUAUCUGUUUUCUUACUAGAACUGUGUAGCAAUAGGAGCUACCAUCUCCACCUCUCCUGGAUAAGCAUGUAGCUUCAUCCCUCCCCACUUGUCAGUCCAUCCAGUCUUUGUGGGGUGGGAAGGGAUUGGGGUUAAGGAAGACAAUGGAGGGUCUCAGAUUUAACCCUGAUGGUCUAGAGGUCUCGUCAUAUAUUCUGUUGUCCUUCUGCUGAUGUGUGCAGACUCACAGGCAUCUAUGUUAACCAGUGUCCCUCCGAGUUUCCCUGUAAAGUUUGCUGUUUGUAUGAAGUCAUUUAAUGUGUUGACACAAAACUUAGUUAAACUUAGUGUUAAAACCCUUGAGUUAGGUUGAAGAGUUUUAGCUGUGCCUUUGAUCAUGCACAGAGAUUGUCAUUUGUCCUUUUAGAACACAUAACAAGGGACUGUACAGAAGUGUGUGAGUGUGUGAGUGUGUGAGUGUGUGAGUGUGUGAGUGUGUGAGUGUGUGAGUGUGUGAGUGUGUGAGUGUGUGCAGAGGACAGCACUGCACCAUUUGUGCAGCAAGAUGAUGAGGCUUAAAAGAAAAGGAAAACGACUGGGGCAUCUAUUUUGUGUAGUUCUGCGGUACCAUCUGUAAUCCACCACUGUUUUUUGUAAAUCUUUCAUUUCCCCCAUUUUAUCUCCUUGUAAAACAACAUACUGUGGCCAAAGGCUGUGCUAACACAAAACUCAUCUGACAUGCUAGCCUGUAGUACUGUACAUGCAUUUUGGGGGACACUGAGCACAGAAUGAAAAAAUAAAAACGUGAAUUCCCCUAACCAUUCGUCCUUCAAGAGGUCUUGGUGUCUGAACUCAGCAGUCAUUGGGCGUUAUCUUGUUUUGACUGCCUUGUCCUUGUUCUCCAUUGCUGUCAUAACUCUGUCCAUAAACCUGUGUAGGCAGAUGGCGAUCUAGCUUCAAUAAAGUCUAUCUUCUCUUCUUC